AUGCCAGACUAUGCACUACCUUCCACUGUCGAUCAGAACAAUAUCAAUCUACCAUCAAUUCCAUCAUCAACCGCCGCAUGGGGAAACAUUACACCAGCAGAAAUCUUGCUGAUCAUUCUUGGAAGUAUUUGCAGCGCAAGCAUAUUCGCUAUGGCCAUCGUCGUAUCUCUUGUUUUGAUUCGUAGGAGUGGAACGAAUUCAACUGGUAUGUAUGCAUAA